AUGGAAGCUGCCAAUCCUGUGGAAACUGCCAGUGUGGAGUUUAAGAAAAAGCCUGUCUGGGAUAUCAGACCUACAUAUCAGUAUCUGACUCACCUCCUGGCCUUUAUGUAUGCUAUAGAGGAGAUCAACAACAGCACAGAGCUUUUACCCAACAUCACUCUAGGAUAUCACAUCUAUGAUGCAUGUACCAGUGAAGAAAUGGGAUUGAUGAGCACUAUCAGCUUAUUAUCUGAGGAAGAAAAUCCAGCUUUCAACUAUAUCUGUCAACCAAAGCAGAAAUUGGUGGCAUUUGUUGGCCACUUGUUAUCAUCCACAACUUACACCAUUGCAGAAAUCACUCAGCUGUAUGGAUACCCUCAGAUAAGUUACGGAGCUCUGGAUCCUGUGUUCAAUGAUCGUAUUCACUUUCCAUCUGUUUAUCGUACAGUUCCCAAUGAGUAUUCCCAGUUUAGAGUUAUCAUCAAAUUACUGAAGCACUUUGGCUGGACUUGGGUGGGAAUUAUUACAUCAGAUGAUGAGAGUAAUCACCAAGCCAGUGAGGAGCUGAGAAAGGAAAUGGGGAGAAACGAUAUAUGUGUGGAUUUUGUAAAAACGAUGUCCAAUUCUCCAGCAUCAGCACAUAUAAGUGCCAUUAAAGUUGUUGAAGUCAUUAAACGUUCCUCUCUAAACUUUUACCUAAAAAAACUUCACAUGAAAACGGCAUCUGGAGAGGAUUUUUUCUUCACCAAAGAUGGAAAUACUCCAGGAAAGUUUGAUAUUCUGAACUGGAUAAUUUACGAAAAUAGAACAGUUCAUAAGAUCCAUGUGGGGAGAUUCUUACCAAAUACUGAUCAGCUGAUAAUUUAUGACACUGCCAUUGCCUGGGGCCCUUAUAUUCAAAAGACCCCCACAUCAUUGUGUACAGAAACAUGUUCUUCUGGCCAGCGAAGAGCUCACCAGACUGGGAGGCCACCGUGCUGCUUCGACUGUGUUUCAUGUUCUGAAGGGGAAAUUUCUAAUUCUACAGAUAUGGAAACCUGUAUGAAAUGUGCAGAAGACGAAUGGCCUAAUCCAACUAGGGAUCAGUGCAUUAUAAGAGUAAUUGACUUCCUGUCCUAUGAAGAUCUCUUAGGAUAUAUACUGUCUGGCUCUGCUUCAGUGUUUAUUGUUUUGACUGCUGCAGUGUUUUUGGUCUUUAUAAAACACAGAAGGACUCCUAUAGUUCGUGCCAAUAAUCAGAACAUCAGCUACAUCCUACUUAUGGCUCUUCUGAUGUCCUUCCUUUGCUCUUUCAUCUUUAUUGGACAACCUACUGGGGUUACCUGCAUGUUGAGACAAGCCUUGUUUAUAUUUUCCUUCUCUGUUGCCAUUUCUUCAGUUUUAGGAAAAACUAUAACAGUUUUAAUUGCUUUUAAAGCCACAAAAAUGGAAAGGAGUUUUAGAAAAUGGGGAAGAAUUAACAUUUCUGUAGUUGUGGUUUUUAUUUGCUCCUUUGGGGAAUUUGUAUUAUGUGUAAUUUGGUUAAGUUUGUAUCCACCACAUGUCGAGUCUGAUAAAACAAUACCAGGAAAAUUGGUUCUACAAUGUAAUGAAGGUUCAAUCAUAAGUUUCUAUCUGGCGGUUUCAUACAUUGGUGUAUUAUCCCUUAUUAGCUUUGCUGUCGCUUUCAUUGCUCGCAAGUUACCAGACCGUUUCAAUGAGGCGCAGCACAUCACCUUCAGCAUGCUGGUGUUCUGCAGUGUCUGGGCCUCCUUCAUCCCAACAUACCUGAGCACCAAAGGCAAACACAUGGUUGCAGUGGAGAUAUUUGCCAUCCAGGCCUCUGCAGCAGGACUGUUAAUGUGUAUAUUUACUCCAAAAUGCUACAUUAUUUUGCUGAAACCAGAACUCAAUGUUAAAGGAAAGCUUACUGCUAAAAUACAGUCACACACUGCAAAUCACAUGCCACUUUGUUAA